ACGUGACACGAACAGGUGAGACAAGUCAGAUUUUCCUUUCCUUCUUUGGAGAGAGGGUACGUCAAGCGGUGGGGCAGAACUUUUGGUCUCCGCGCUUCUCCUGGGUCCGUUAUGGACGGUAUGGGUGAUCGGGAGCCUCUCCUAGGCCAGGGGUCUGCAGGUGUGAGGGAAAGACACACGGGCUCGGCGGAGCAGGCUGAGAAGGGGGAGCGGGACAUCACCCAGGAGGAGUGGUUCCACGAGCUCAGUAAGAAAGUUUACCUGGCACGGCGCAAGAAGCCCGACCCGUGGUGGGUCACCGCCUUAGAGGAGGAAGUAACUCCUCUUGAAAUACCCCAAAUGAACACCAUACUACAAAACAGAGAUCAGGUCGAAAUUGCACAUUAUGUCCUGGUCAUCCUGUUUGUGGUUGGGUUUGCCUACUAUGCCUACAACUACUUCGAGCACCUGCACUUCCACGUGACCAAUGGCUACGCCCACCUGGGGUACCCACAGGCCCAGCACUUUGUAGCCCACAGGUACCUGGAGGGGAGAGGGGUGGACAAGGACCAUAAGAUGGCCAUGGAUUGGAUGAGGAAGGCAGCUGACCAGGGCCACGCCCAUGCCUCGUACAACCUUGCCAUCGCUCACCUGAAGGGGCUGGAGACAGAUGUCAGGGAUGGGGAGGCCAGGAAACUUCUCGAACAUGCAAACAACAAUGGUGUGAAGGAGGCACAUGAUGUGCUCCACAAUGUCUGUUAUGCUGGCGGAAACUGCUAGGGGGCGUGUUAUAGGUGACAAUCUCGGCAGCUUCUUGCAGCAUAACAAGGGUUUUUAGGUUUCUAAUGGAGCUGAUAGGGGCUAUAUAACGCUUUUAUUUGAUAGGGGGAGUGACUUAUGUGUGAAGAAAACACAAUCAAGGCUUGCUGCAAUGUUGACUGAUGUGUUGUUUUCAUUCGUCUGUAUCAAAUGCCUAUGCUGCAUUUAUAUUGCAUACCAUGCAAACUUUAUUCAGCACUUAUAUGAUGCAAUUGUACUUUAAGACUUUGUGUGCAAUAUUUAUUUGGACAGUGAUGUACUAGUAUCUAUUAGUAUGGGACCAGAAAUGCUCUUGACAAUCAAACUAUGUAAUGUUCUUGGACUGUGGAAAUGUGGUGAACAUACUUAGUAAGUCCAACAGUAUUCUUGAUAAACAAAAAUGAGUCCCAGGCUAGGGUUGAAUAGCAUGUUAUUCCAGAAUGUAGUUGACAAGCUGGAAUGCUGCUUUACAUAAGAGGCCUGUCACCUUUGUUGAUGUACGGAUUGGAUACAAUCAAUUGAAAUCUUCAAUGUAGGUUCCGUCAUGCAAUUUUAACAUUGUGUUAUCAUUUAAAGGUUUUGUUGCUGUCAUUCAUGUUCCAUACCUUGACUCGCUUGUUAUUUUUUUGCACCAUCUCAUGGGCAGAGCUUUUUUCUUAGUUUGCAUUUUAUUUUAUUUUAUCAUAUGGAUAGAUCAUAUUUUUACCAUUUUUGUCUCUUGUACAUAUUAUUUCCCAUCAACCAAACAUACAUAUCAGUAAGGGAAAAAGCUUCACUGGCUACUAACCUUACCAUCAUAGCUAUGCAAUGUGUUGUUAUGUGGGAUCAAUGUUUCAUCAAUCCUCUCUAUACGUAGUAUAGCUUGUGUUUAUCAAUCAGAGUUGUUGUCAUGUAUUGUAAGUAGCUUCUCCUAAUUGUAAAGCAUCCUGGAAAGGUACAAAUACAUUUACUGGAGUGCCUUCAACAUUAAACUCUAUACAGAUAUUAUACUAUAUGAAAUAUCUAUAAAUGUAUAAAGUAACUCAUGUAUCAUCUGAUCUGUAAAGACUAUGGU